GGUCGCAGCGAGUCAGGAGUCGGGGUUUGGCGGAGACGCCGGAUACGGGUGACGGCGACCAGGCCGGUUCCUCCCUGUCAGGAUUGGGGGCAUCGUCCUUGGAGGUGCCCAGAAAGAGAGGACACAAGUGAUGCGAACUAAUUUGAGUGAAUCCAUGGCCAAGGAACCCAGGGAUAUUGAAGGCUGACUACUGCAUGCUCACAGCUGUACCUGGUGCUUCAGAGGCAACCUCAUGCUGAUAUAGCUGGUACUGGACUGGCUGUUCUUCCUCCCGUCUCAUUGUCCCACAGUCCUUGCUUCGCGUUUGCAGGAUGUCAUCUGAUGAGGACAAGUUCUCACUUCACGUUGUUCACAAUGACUCUGACCAUUCCGUGUCCACAGACCUUCAGGAGGAGUAUGAAGAACUGCUUCGCUAUGCCAUCGUGAAUCCAAAUGCUGAAUCCAGUGCUUCCCAGCCAUCUCACCUUAAAGGAGAAGUGGCACCGGAUAGAUUUCCUACGCUAGCUGGAAAUAGCCCUGUAAGAGAAACUGCACUGGAUGUUGGGAAAGGAUCAGAUUUAAAUAUUUCAAGCCAUUCAAAAUCAGGGUCACCCAGGAGACCACCUCACCCAGUCAUGGACUUCUUUGGCGCACAUUUUUUAGGUGACUCUUCCUCACCAGCCUCUCUUUCUACUCGGGCAGAUGCCCAUGAAAUAAUUGUGGGUGAUCAUCUUAUCUCUGAUGAAAAUUUUCAGAAGCUGGAUAAUGUACUUGACAUCUGGAGUUCAGGUCUUAAGACGAACAUUUUAUCUGAACUAAGUAAGUGGAGACUGAAUUUUAUUGACUGGCACCGAAUGGAGAUGAAAAGAGAGAAGGAAAAGCACGCGGUUGUCGUGAAGCAGCUGUCAAACCAGAUUGCUGACUUGAAGGAGCUGCAGAAAGCCUUUGAGAUUUCCAUCGGAAGAAAGGACGAGGUGAUUUCCAGCUUGUCUCAUGCCAUCGGCAAGCAAAAGGAAAGGAUAGAGUUAAUGAAAAGCUUCUUCCGCUGGAGAAUCGGCCAUGUCAAAUCCAGACAGGAAAUUUAUGAAGGUAAACUGGCUGACCAGUACUUUCAGAGAACUUUGCUGAAGAAAGUCUGGAAGGGCUGGCGUUCUGUGGUGCAAAGGCAGUGGAAAGAUGUGGUGGAACGGGCGUGUCAGGCGAGGGCUGAAGAAGUAUGUGUGCAGAUCUCCAAUGAUUAUGAAGCUAAACUUGCUAUGUUAUCUGGAGCUUUGGAAAAUGCAAAAGCUGAGAUUCAAAAAAUGCAACAGGAAAAAGACCAUUUCGAAGACUCCAUGAAGAAAGCAUUCAUGAGGGGAGUAUGUGCAUUAAAUCUGGAGGCCAUGACCAUAUUUCAGAACAAAAAUGAUGCAGGGAUAGACUUCACAAAUAAUAAAAAGGAAGAGAGUGGCCCUGGUGGCCCAGGAAGAGAACCUUCUGCUCACUGGGAUACUUCUUCGUCCACAAUGCCAUCAGCAGUUCCGUUACAGCCGCUGCCCUCUGGAGCAUUAGCAGCAGGAGUAGCCAGCUCCACUGCCAUCCCCUCGGCUGCUUCCCUGACCUCUGCAGGAGCUACAUCUGCCUCUUCUGUUCACAUUCCCAUCUCUAUUCUUAGUGCAGGAUCCGCAGCUACCCCUGCCCCGGAAGAAUCGUACGCCACAAGAGUCGUGACUGCAGCCCAGCAGAAAGCUGGGAAGACAAUCACAGCCCGGAUCACAGGUCGGUGUGAUUUUGGUUCCAAAACUAGAAUCAACAGCAGUUUGGCUAUUAUGGGAGUUUCUUCUCCUCCCAUGAGCUCAGUCGUCGUGGAGAAGCAUCAUCCAGUCACAGUG